AUGGCUCUUGAUUACAUGUUAAUAGAUGCAGAAUCAGUUACCAUUUCCCUGCUUGAGUCUAUGUUGUCCCACGUAACGGGGACUAAGGUACAAGCAAGAAAGCCUGGCUGGUCAUUGGUAUCAAAGCUGAUGCUCUCCAAGAAAGGAUCAUAUCAAGGUGAAGAGACAGAUCUGAACGAAUUUGAGAAGGUGGAUGCAGUCUUACAAAUGAGCCGAGAAGAUAAUACACAAGUAGAUGAGUUUCUGAAUCACUUGAAAAGGAUGGACUCAAGCAUUCAAAUUCUUGAAGAAGAGCUUGAACUCUUGUUUAGAAAGUAUCAAAACCAGAAAUCAGUUACAUCUUCCCUGCUCGAGUCUUUGUUGUCAUAUGCAAUGGGGACUAAACUGCAAGCAAGGAAGAGUGGCUGGUCACUGGUUCAGGAGCUUGCGAAUAUCUUAAAGGAGAUGGAGUCAAGCAUUCAAAUUCUUGAAGAAGAGCUGGAAUUCAUGUUCAGGCAGUUAAUCAAAACCAGCGUUUUCCUCCUCAACAUUCUCAAGCAUUAG